AUGGCUCUGGUCAACCUCACAUCCGGCCCAGAUUUCCUCCUCCUUGGUCUGAUGGAUGACACAGUUGCCCAUCCAGUGUUGUUCCUGCUCUUCCUCAGCGUCUAUCUGCUCAACGCCAUGGGCAACCUGAGCAUGGUGGUACUGGUGAGGUCCGAUGGGGCUCUGUGCUCCCCUAUGUAUUACUUCUUGGGUCACCUGAGCUUUGUGGAUGCCUGCUUUACCACGGUCACGGUCCCCCGACUGCUGGUCAGCAUGCUCCACCCAGCUCAGGCCAUAUCCUUCCAAGCAUGCUUUGCCCAGAUGUACUUCUUUGUGGCUCUGGGCAUCACCGAGAGCUACCUCCUGGCGGCCAUGUCCUACGACCGCGCGGUGGCGGUCUGCCGGCCACUGCACUACACCGCGGUCAUGACACCCUGGCGCUGCAGGGCGCUGGUGGGUGCGUCCUGGGCGGUGUCCCACCUGCACUCGCUGCUCCACACCCUGCUCAUCUCCGCGCUCUCCUACCCCCACUCUGCCCCCGUGCGCCACUUUUUUUGUGAUGCGACGGUGAUGCUGAGUUUGGCGACUUCGGACACGUCCACCGCGGAGACUGCCAUCUUCUCCGAGGGCCUGGCGGUGGUGCUGACCCCGCUGCUUCUCGUGUCCCUUUCCUAUGCGCACAUCCUAGUCGCGGUGCUUCAAGUGCGGUCCGCAGGAGGCAGUCGCCGUGCCUUCUCCACCUGUGGGGCCCACCUGGUGGUGGUGUCGCUUUUCUUUGGCUCUGUCCUGUCUGUAUAUUUCCGACCUUCAUCCGCCUACUCCGCGCAUUACGACCGCCUGGCCAGCGUGGUGUAUGCAGUGGUCACACCGACCUUGAACCCAUUCAUCUACAGCCUUCGAAACAAAGAAGUCAAAGGCGCUCUAAAAAGGAGGCUCAGAUGCCGAGCUGCACCCCAAGAUGUGUAA